AUGCAUGGCCUAUACAGGAGGAUACUGCCAGUCUCUAUAGCGAUAUGUGUGGUUGUUUACGUCACGUAUCAAAGACAAACAAAUAUAGAAGAAUUUCAGAAGAAGACCAUCCAGAUCUCGUCUUCCUUAAAGUCACCAAAUCCUUAUCGGACGUACGGACAAGUCACUACGCAGACACCCGAUCUCUCUCGGACGUACGGACAAGUCAUCGAACAGUCAUCCAAUCCUUCUCGGACGUACGAACAAGUCACCAUACAGACACCCGAUCCCUCUCGGACAUACGGACAAGUCACCAAGCAGACACCCGAUCCCUCUCGGAUAUACGGACAAGUCGCCGUGCAGUCACAUGAUUUUUCUUGGACGUACGAAAACAGGUACACUUCUCUGUACGAGAAAUGUGCUGAAUUACCGAAGGCAAAAACGCACAUCAGAGCUCCAUUAUAUUUUUAUUCUAAAUCCAAUAAUGUUGCAUUUUGCAAAGCACCGAAAACAGGCAGCACAUUUAUUGGGACUGUGGUCAAGGCACUGGAAAAGAAUGGAGACCUGGUACGAAACAUGUUUCAUGUCAACCGAGAAAGUGUACAUGGUCGAAAUGAAGCAACUCUCGAUACGAUUGUCAAACAAAACUCACAGGAUUUAAAAAUAAUUCUUGUGACACGGGAUCCAUUUACGAGACUUUUUUCAGCGUAUUUAGACAAGUAUUUUGUUUUAGGUAUCUGGGGAAAACAAAUGGCUCAGAAUCUGGGUAAAGAUCAUAGAAAAAUUAGAGAUGGUUUCUGUGGAUUUGACAUAUCGUUCCAAGAGUUUUUAGACUAUGUAACGGAUGUUAGCCUCGGCAACAAGAAUACAGAUGAACACACUUUGCCUGUGUCGAGCCUGUGUAAUCCAUGCUUCGUACGAUAUGACGUCAUUUGUAAACAGGAGACCCUAACCUCUGAUACAGAACACGUCCUCAAACUUAUCAAUAUCACCGAGCAGAAGCGACUCGCCAUUGUGAACAUGAUUCGUGGUAAAACCAUGACAGAUACUAUUUUUUCUUGGAUUUCGUCUCAUUUGUGGUACUAUAUCGUUUAUAAAAAAGAUUGCUCAUCCAAAAUACUUCUCGUGGAAAGACUUUGGCAGGUGUUACAGCUUCAGGGAUAUAUAAACGCCUCUCUGACCUUCCCGGCACGUUUGUUUAAGAAUUUGCCGGUGUUCAGGGCGGAGAGCGUGACAACGCUCAUACUGAAACAGAUACGCUCCAGCCCACUAACAGAAUCCCAGACGUUUAUACAAAGGACACGUAUACUGCAGCAAGCUUAUGGGCAAAUAAAGCCAGCUACGGUAGCCAGAGUACAAACCAUGUUUGCUCAAGACUUCAAACUCUUCGAUUACGAUCGGUCUCCGCCACAUAUUUAGUGCUGGUCUAACCGAGCACAAUACGACCUGUUGCCUUAUAAGAUUGGUCUUGUUUUUAUUCGAAUGUUACUUAAUUAAAACAUAACAACGGAACACAGCCCAGCAUUUUAAAGCACAACCUGUUUUAGGAACUCGUUAUCAUUUGUUAGUUACUAACCUUUGCGCCUGUGCCAAAGUAUGUGAUAAUCUUUAAGCUUGAAACGUCUCCCAAUGUAGGAACAUGAUUUGGUAUUCAAAUGCAUUGACAUGUAAGACUUAAGACGAACCUUCCCCGUAGGCUGUCUCUGAAUCAAUGGCACUUGAGGCCUUCUAGGCAGGAACUUAAUAGGAACGGUUAACCUGUCGUUAAUUUGACCAAUGUGAGUGAGGUAUGUCUUGUAUCUUCUGAACAGCUUCAAAAAAGUGUCAAACUAUAGACGUGGACGUUACCAAGACAUAAGUGACUCUAUUCGUGAUUGCAGGACUGAGUAAUCCGGCUAUUUUAUUCAACAAUGCUUUAAGAUAUGGCUCGAUUUUUACGGAUCGUUUACCUACCUUGUGAAAAACUAUCUGUUCAUAUAAUGGUAUUGAUAGUUGUCUCCAGCUCUGACGGAAUGACAUCGUCGCUCAGCAUCAGGUCAUUCUUUCCUCAGAGACGUUUAUUCCUCUCGACUGAAUGUUUGGUUGUUUUUUCAACAAAUAAAAUAAAGUUUGUAU